AUGGCCAUUUUUACCCUGCCCCGAUCAUUCCAGAGCAAUGCCUUUUCUCCCCAGAACCCGAUGGCAUCCGCCGCCAUGAGCGGCGCAGGCUCCAGCUCCAGCUUCAUCGCCAGCGCUCCCUCACAACACCCCCCAUUUUUCCAUCUCGUGCUCCUAGUUUUUGAAGCCGUGCUCGAAGUCAUCUGUGUCAGUUUGCCAGGUUAUUUUGCUGCCCGACAGGGCAUGUUCGAUGCCGAAGCGCAAAAACUGGUGGCGAAUCUCAACGUGACACUGUUUACCCCCUGCCUGAUUUUCAUCAAGUUGGGCUCUCAAUUGACGGCCGAAACCCUCGCUGAUUUGGCAAUUAUCCCCGUGAUCUUUAUCGUGCAGACCGGCGUCUCAUAUCUUUGCGCCUUUGUGAUUGCGGGAUGCUUCCGUUUCAAGAAGCGCCAGUCGAACUUUGUGGCGGCGAUGGCGGUGUUUGGAAACUCAAACUCCCUUCCUAUCUCCCUCGUCAUGUCCCUCUCCCAAACUCUCAAGGGCCUCCACUGGGAUCGCAUCCCGAACGAUAACGAUGAUGAAGUGGCAGCUCGAGGUAUUCUCUAUCUGCUCAUCUUCCAACAGCUAGGACAGCUCGUUCGCUGGAGUUGGGGUUAUCACAUCCUCUUGGCUCCCAAGGACCGAUACUUGGAGGACGCAGAGCGCGAGGAAACCGGCCAGUCGCGCAUUGAGCAAGGUCAGGCACGGUAUAGCGACAACCCAGACCAGACGGAUCCAGAUGAACCAUUGGUUCGCACACGAAGUUCCGACGAUCUCCACCGUUCUCCGGGCGGCAGUAGCCGGUUCCACUCUGGGGAUCAAACGCCCGUAUCAACUCGUGCCUAUUCAUACACCAAGGUAUCAUCGAUCCAUUCCCAUGAUGAUCUGGAUCAAGACGAAGACUCGGAUGCACCACCAUCAGUCUUGGGGCCACCUCCCGAUGGUCCAUUCCUGCCUCGUCAAAACACCGGUGUCGACAUUCUCUCCUUCCCCGACGUUGAAGCCACCGCACGUCAAUCUCAAGCUGCAGAUAAGACCUUCAUUCAACGCUGCAAGUCCUCUCUCCGUCGACGCUGCGAGCAUAUUAGUCGCGCCUGGGAGAAGAAGACCGAUGCGCUGUACGGACGUCUGCCACCCAAGGUCCAAAAGGGUCUCUCGACCACGACACGUGGUGUAGGUCGAUUCCUCCACGGCGCAUGGGACUUUAUGAACCCGCCCCUGUGGGCGAUGCUCGUUUCGGUCAUCGUAGCCUCCGUGCCCGCCCUUCAACACCUCUUCUUCGACGAAGGCACCUUUAUCCGAAACUCGGUGACUCGUGCGAUCGACCAAAACGCACAAGUCGCGGUUCCCUUGAUCCUAGUUGUUCUCGGCGCGAACCUCGCGCGCAACACGUUGUCUGAGGAGAACCUGGCUGACGUGGAACACCCCAGUGCGGAGCGUAAGCUGAUUAUCGCCUCGCUGGUCGCGCGCAUGCUCCUGCCGACGGUCAUUAUGGCACCACUGUUGGCGCUGAUGGCCAAAUUUGUGCCGAUUAGUAUUCUGGAUGACCCGAUUUUCAUCAUCGUGUGCUUCCUGCUUACCGGCGCGCCGUCGGCGUUGCAAUUGGCGCAGAUUUGCCAGAUCAAUAAUGUUUAUGUUGGGGCGAUGUCGAAGUUGCUGUUCCAGAGCUACGUUGUCUGGAUUCUCCCCUCCACUCUUAUCCUGGUCAUGUGUGCCCUAGAAGUCCUCGAAUGGGCAACUUAA